ACGGCCCUUCCCCCCCCGCGAUGGUGAGGGGCAGUCGGCGGCGACGUGUCCCGGGCGGGUCGCUGUGGCCAGCAUGGACGCGGCGGAGGUGGAGUUUCUGGCUGAGAAGGAGCUGGUCACCAUAAUCCCAAACUUCAGCCUAGACAAGAUCUACCUCAUCGGGGGGGACCUGGGGCCUUUUAACCCUGGUUUACCAGUGGAAGUGCCUCUGUGGCUGGCGAUUAACCUGAAACAGAGACAGAAGUGUCGGCUGAUUCCUCCUGAGUGGAUGGAUGUGGAAAAGUUGGAGAAGAUUAGGGAUCAUGAACGAAAGGAAGAAACUUUUACCCCUAUGCCUAGCCCUUACUACAUGGAACUUACGAAACUCCUAUUAAAUCAUGCUUCAGACAAUAUCCCGAAAGCAGAUGAGAUCCGGACCCUGAUCAAGGAUGUGUGGGACACUCGCAUAGCCAAACUACGGGUGUCUGCUGACAGCUUUGUGAGCCAGCAGGAGGCACAUGCCAAGCUGGAUAACCUGACCUUGAUGGAAAUCAACACCAGUGGGGCCUUCCUCACACAAGCGCUCAAUCACAUGUAUAAACUCCGUACAAACCUGCAACCUUCUGAAAGCAUCCAGUCUCAAGACUUCUAGAGAAAGACAUGAACUUGUAAAGAAAGACCUUGCAUCUGCUGGCCGGAGGCUUGCCAGGUGGUGUGAGUGCUCGAGACAUGAUAGAGGUACUGUUAUCUCUGGAGUUCUAGAGCCCCUUUUGAAUGUAUGAAGAAUUGUGUGUUGAAACAAGGAAUGGGCUCAUAACAUUGUUGGAAAG